GUUGCUGUGGGCUGUCUGGUCCUACCGUGUGGCGGCCGAUCGGAUCUGUCUCCCGAUUGUCCUUAGCUGGGAUCCCGGCUGCGGAGCUGAGCGGCGCGGGGACCGCGGCUGCCGAGCAGGGAGGGCUUGCAGGACAGCCCUUGGGUGAAGCUGGGCGACAGUUGAUUGACCGCCGUGAAGCUUUCUGAGACAAGAGUGGAGGGUGACCAUCCCCGCCCGGCCUGCACCAUGCCAGCGCUGUCCGCCGGAUCUGCUGGCGACAUGGGUCUGUAUGAGCUGUUGGCUGCAUUGCCCGCCCAGCUGCAGCCACAUGUGGAUAGCCAGGAGGACUUGACCUUCCUCUGGGACAUGUUUGGGGAAAAGAGCCUGCAUUCACUGGUCAAGAUUCAUGAAAAGCUGCACUACUACGAGAAGCACAGCCCGGCGCCCAUUCUCCACGGAGCAGCGACGCUGGCUGAUGAUCUGGCGGAGGAGCUCCAGAACAAGCCGCUGAGUAGUGAGAUCAGGGAGCUGUUGAAACUGCUGUCCAAACCCAACGUGAAGGCUUUGCUGUCAGUCCACGAUACAGUGGCUCAGAAGAGUUACGAUCCUGUGCUGCCCCCCAUGCCAGACGAUAUUGAUGAUGAGGAAGAUUCUGUGAAAAUAAUCCGCCUGGUCAAGAACAGAGAACCCCUGGGUGCUACCAUUAAGAAAGAGGAGCAGACGGGGGCAAUCAUCGUGGCCCGGAUCAUGCGAGGAGGAGCUGCAGACAGAAGUGGUCUUAUUCAUGUGGGUGACGAACUGAGGGAAGUGAACGGGAUCCCAGUGGAAGACAAGAGGCCUGAGGAAAUAAUACAGAUUUUGAGUCAGUCCCAGGGAGCAAUUACAUUUAAGAUAAUACCCAGCACCAAAGAGGAGACACCUUCUAAAGAAGGCAAGAUGUUUAUCAAAGCCCUCUUUGACUACGAUCCUAAGGAGGACAAGGCCAUCCCAUGUAAGGAGGCAGGGCUGUCCUUCAGAAGGGGGGACAUUCUUCAGAUUAUGAGCCAAGAUGAUGCGACGUGGUGGCAGGCGAAGCAUGAGGGUGAUGCCAACCCCAGGGCAGGCCUGAUUCCGUCCAAGCACUUCCAGGAACGGAGACUGGCUGUGAGACGGCCGGAUGUCGUGGUUCAGCCUCUGAAACUUGCCAGCAGGAAAUCAUCUGGUUUUAGAAGAAGUUUCCGUCUUAGCAGGAAAGAUAAGAAGACAAAUAAGUCCAUGUAUGAAUGCAAGAAGAGCGACCAGUAUGACACAGCCGACGUGCCCACAUAUGAAGAGGUGACGCCGUACCGCCGGCAGACUCACGAGAAAUACAGGCUUGUUGUCCUGGUUGGUCCUGUCGGCGUCGGGCUGAAUGAGCUCAAGAGGAAGCUACUGAUCAGCGACACGCAGCACUACGGCGUGACUGUGCCCCAUACCACUAGAGCAAGAAGAAGCCAAGAGAGUGAUGGUGUGGAAUAUAUUUUUAUUUCCAAACAUUUGUUUGAGACAGACGUACAAAAUAACAAGUUCAUUGAAUAUGGUGAAUAUAAAAACAACUACUACGGCACAAGCAUAGACUCAGUCCGCUCUGUCCUGGCGAAGAACAAAGUCUGUCUGCUGGAUGUCCAGCCCCAUACAGUAAAACAUUUAAGGACACUGGAGUUCAAACCCUAUGUGAUAUUUAUAAAACCUCCAUCCAUAGAGCGAUUGAGAGAGACAAGGAAAAAUGCAAAGAUUAUUUCAAGCAGAGAUGACCAAGGGACUGCAAAGCCCUUCACGGAAGAAGACUUUCAAGAAAUGAUUAAAUCAGCACAGAUAAUGGAAAAUCAGUAUGGCCAUCUUUUUGACAAAGUCAUAGUGAAUGAUGAUCUUACUGUGGCAUUUAAUGAACUAAAAACAACAUUUGACAAGCUAGAGACUGAUACCCACUGGGUCCCAGUGAGCUGGUUACAUUCAUAACUUAGGAAAAUGCCUUCAGUUCUGUUUUUACAGAGUCCAUAGUUUGGUCAGCUUUCAUGUUUUGGCUAUGAUUUUUUUUAAUGCUCUGUAUCACUGUCAUAGAAAAUCUUCAUACAAUCAAUGCUGGUUUUGUUUAUAUAUUUACAGCCUUAUUUGAAGCACAUAACUGUACAGUCUAAAGUCACAAUCUCCACACUGCUGUAUUCUUAGCAAACCUUUGAAUUUCCUGGUUGUCUUUAAUCUGGUUCUGUCUCUGGUGUCCGUGUGCCACCUGCUCCCGCGUGUGCUCACAGCCCUUCUCCUUGCAUGCUUGCACUUGAAAGCAUGCUGGUAGCAGCCUUGAGCUUCCCCGAAUUAACCCAGCUAGAAAUAGCACUGUCCUCUUUGAGCUCCUGUACAAAAUGUGUUCUUAGUGUGCGCACUUUAAAACUAAGUAGGAACUCAAAUUUUCCCAUGAGGAAGUAGCUCAUAUCAUCGCUUAGGAAAUCCUUGUGAGUGCGUAUGUGUGACAUUGCAGGCUCUCUAUAAGGGAAAAUCUGAUUUUUUUUUUAAGGUGAGGGUAUCACUGUGCUGUCUAUAUUGGCCUCAAACACGGCCUUCUUCUGCCUCAGCGUCCCAAAUAUGAGUACACGCCACUGCAUCAGGCUAGGAAAUAGACUUAAAUAAUACUAUAGAUGUAGUAUAAAAUCCUUUCCUCAUGGUUUUCAGAAAAAAAAUGGUGGUGUCUUAGGGCAAAAGGUGACCACAGAGUACCCCCUGUUUUAAUCUGUUACUCUUCAGAAAACGUUUCUGGAAGCAGGAAGUUUUCUUCCCUUGCUUUGCAGUUUUUAAAUUAUAAAAAUGAGGUAAGUGCUCUAAGACACGCAAUGCGCAUGCGCGAGAACAGUUGAGGGGAAAGUGACUAUGUUUCUUAUUUGUGCAACCACCACACACUUAAAUUGUGCUAAAGUGUGUUUUAGAAACCUUAUACUGUGUUAGAUGUUUUGUCACCAACACUAUCCACACUGGCAGAUCCCACCGCAACCCUUUCUGAAGGAAGAUGGAUAUUUACAUAUUCAGAUGGCAUCCCUCUUUCUUUGAUGCUUUAGGUCUCCAGCAAGUGAAUAAUUCACAGUACUGCAAAUGUCACAGUUCCGUCAGAGAACACACUCCUGCCAGUCCCGUGAGCAGUGCAGUUUAGCCAGUAGAAAGAUCAUCACCUAUAUGACUUUCAUAUAAAAAUUAUUCAUAAAAAAUUAUUUUUGUUGCUUUGUAAAGAGUUUAAGUGUCAUGUUUAAAGAAGAAUAAAAUGUAGGGAAAUUUUAUAUAUUUGUGAGAUAUUUGAAAGGCAUAUUUUUUAAUUGUCAAAUAAGGCUAUUCAUAAAAUAAACUGUAAAUAUAUGAUAAUUUAAAAUAAUAGUUUUAUAAGCAAGGUCAACAUUCCAUGUAAAUAUUGGACCUUUUGGCAGAUAGGCCCACACACAUAUCACAUGUUUGCUGCUGUUUGCCAGUGUCCAUGGCAAGCUUUCCUUAAGACAUGUCAAAUUUCUGUGAGAAGCAGAAACAAAAAAUGCUCUAGUGACCCUGGUAUGUGUUCAAGUCCAACAGUUGAAGUUCACUGAAAUAAUGAGCACCAUCCACGCAGGUUUUGUGUUUAUUAAUUAGAGCUAUGCUGCUUAAACACAGAUGGAAAGGCUACCGGGUUCCUGUUCUGAAGCCAGUGGCCUGUGCGGCCUGUCUAGAAACACAGGUCUUAAAAGAGUUGGUUUGGGUGGAAUGUUCUGUCCUUUGGGAAAUGCUUCCACUUCCUGUAAAGCAAGAUUCUGUACCAGGAAUGACAAGAGGCGUAUGCCAGCAUAGGACAUUCUGCAGAUGCACAGGUAUCCUCUGGUCAUUACUCAGAUAUCUUCAUUGACUGUUUUCCUUUAUCUGGUGAUUGUUGUCUGUGUUCUUUAGUUUGGGGUAGAGCUUAUAUAGUACAGUAAAAAUUUUGAGUCUGUAUAGGGGAUGGGAUGUUAUGAAAAUAUAAAUGCCUAUACCUUUUAGACCACAGCCGAACCAUCCUUCUUUUAAAAAUAAUAAUAAUAAUAAUAAUGGAAAUAAAAACAGUUUAAGAAAUCAGGUGGCAUGCAGCCUGACCUGUGGUGUUUAUGAUGCUUACAAAGAGGUUGGAUUAAAAUGUAAUAAGCCAGGCCAGGAAAAGGCUGCUGACACCUGCAGCAUCAGGCCUUGCUCUAUGCUCUGGGACUUCGGCACGCUCACCACCAAGCAGAAGAGCACUUUGCUCCUAGCCUUCAGCAGCCUGUCCCUGCGAUGGAGGGCCAGCCAGGAUUAGAGAGAAAAGCAGUGCUUCCAUGUUUGUCUGCACGUUUAAAAUUGAACCGAGUGUGGAAUGCUGUUCUUCUCUUCCACUCUUCUCCCGGCUAAGAACAGUCUGAAAGUAAAGAGAUAAAAUGGAAACAAUAGCCAUGGUUUUACGAAGUAUUAUGGAAACUUGGCAUCAACGAGGCUGACGUUCUGGUACUAUGCAGUCAUAGAGUGUGUACCUAUACUGUAGUAACUCAAAAUGAGCAAACAUGUAAAGUCAGAUUUACAAAACUGUGGAGUAAAAAAUGUCCCUAAAGAUACAGAAUGUAUUUAUUUUCCUUUGGCCUAUAAUGGAUUUAUAGAUAACUGUAAUGGAAAGUUUUUAUCUUAAUAAAGUAUCUUCAAACAGU